CAACCGUCCGCGCGGCCCUCUUCUCACCUCUCCCUCCACUUUGGUCCUCAUCCGUUCUCCCCAUUCGAAAUCCAUAUCUAAAAAUUCCCUCGGGCCCUUCGCUCAAAUCUCUCCUGUAUUAUCUCCUCCGUUCCAAAGAUAUCAACUAGGGUUGUAGAGGUCGACCUGAUGCCAUCAUCUCCGUCUUUUCUUAAGCAUGAAAUCUUGGACAAAUAUAUAUAGACUACUGUUAGCUUUAGAACAAGUCGUUAUUGCUACUCUUAGGGCUUCUUGUGAGAGAUUGAGGUUAGGUUCCACCAAUUUUGCUCUUUUUCCUCGUCCGUCCAAGAUCUUUUGGGAUCUUGGAAGCCAUGGCAGAGUGCCAAUGUUUCAAGGGAGGUGUGCUUAGAUAUCCCAGAAAUCUUAAAAAGGCUUGUCAUCAUGCAUUCUCAAGUCAUACUAAGCAUUUCUGUAACAUAUUUUCUUACCAUAAACAGCAUGUCGCUAUUCCAUCUGCUGUAUCACAUAGAUACCGCCAUCUGGUAUUUGUAUCAAGAAGAAAUUCAGAGGGGCACUACAUGCAGUCUGGUUCCACAAUUUUUGGUUGGAGGGGUUCUUAUGUUUACAACCACAGAAAAACUUGCGGGCGAAGAUCUCAGGCACAUGCUGAGCUUGAUGUUGCCAGUGCUAUUGAAGUAAUAAAUGAUUUAGGAUUUGAUACUCUUACGUUCUUGGCUGUGACUGUUCUGGUUGUUCCUGCAUUCAAAAUCAUUAAAGCCAGCCCUAUACUUGGUUUUUUCUGUGCUGGGGUUGUACUUAACCAGUUUGGCCUUAUUAGGAAUCUCACAGAUGUUAAACUUCUAUCAGAAUGGGGAAUUCUUUUCCUGUUGUUUGAGAUGGGAUUGGAACUCUCAUUGGCACGCCUAGGAGCUCUUGCAAAAUUUGCCUUUGGCAUGGGGUUGACCCAGGUCGUGUUGUCUACCCUUGCUUUUACUGCAUUUGAGCUUCCUCCUAAUGGGGCUAUUGGAACAAAAGUUUUGGAGUUCCUUUUUCAUUCAAGACCUGAUCUGGUAAAUAUCAGAAGCGUUGAUGAAGCGAUAGUGAUUGGCGCUGCUCUUUCAUUAUCAUCUUCUGCUUUUGUUCUACAGCUUCUUGCCGAGAAAGGUGAGCUUCCUACACGAUUUGGUUCCGCGACUUUGGGAAUUCUUCUUCUGCAGGACAUAGCAGUUGUUCCUUUGUUAGUGAUACUUCCUGUGCUCGAGAGUCAGAACCUUGUUGAGGAAAGUAUUUGGCCAAUGCUAGCAAUUGAAAGCUUGAAGGCUUUAGGUGGACUUGGUCUACUUUCCCUGGGAGGAAAAUACCUUCUGAGGCGUAUUUUUGAAGUUGUUGCAGAAUCAAGAAGCUCAGAAGCUUUCAUUGCUCUGUGUCUGCUUACAGUUUCAGGGACUUCACUUGUUACACAAAUGCUGGGCUUUAGUGACACGCUAGGAGCUUUUCUGGCAGGAGCAAUUCUUGCAGAAACAAAUUUUCGGACGCAAAUUGAAGCUGAUAUAAGGCCCUUUAAAGGCUUACUGCUUGGGUUAUUUUUUGUAACUACAGGGACAUCCAUUGACAUGCAGCUUCUUUUCCGAGAAUGGCCAAAUGUGCUUUCCCUCUUGGCAGGUUUGAUUGUUAUCAAGACAGUGAUAAUUACUGCAAUAGGGCCUCGUGUGGGACUAACUUUUGAAGAAAGCAUUAGAAUAGGAUUGCUUCUUUCACAAGGUGGUGAAUUUGGAUUUGUGGUAUUUUCCUUGGCAAACAGGCUUGGAGUUCUGCCACUUGAGUUGAACAAACUUCUCAUAAUCGUUGUUGUGUUGUCAAUGGCAUUAACUCCUUUACUCAAUGAAAUUGGAAGGAGAGCUGCUGAGGUCAUUGAUGAAAAGUUUCAAGGAAAAGAAAAAAUGAUUGAUAUGGUAAGCUUUGAUGCAACUGAACCAGUUGUCAUUCUUGGCUUUGGGCAAAUGGGUCAGGUCCUCGCCAAUUUUCUGUCGACUCCAUUGGCUUCUGGACUAGAUGGUGACAAUGUGGGAUGGCCUUAUGUUGCAUUUGAUCUUAAUCCUGGAGUGGUUAAGGCAGGUCGAAAAGCAGGUUUUCCUGUACUCUAUGGGGAUGGGUCACGUCCAUCAGUUUUGCAAUCUGCUGGUAUAUCCUCUCCUAAAGCUGUCAUGGUCAUGUAUGCAGAAAAGGCAAAAACAAUUGAGGCUGUUCAAAGAAUAAGGCUUGCUUUUCCUGCUGUCCCUAUUUAUGCCCGAGCUCAGGACCUUGCCCAUCUAUUAGAUCUGAAAAAAGCAGGUGCAACAGAUGCUAUUCUUGAAAAUGCUGAGACAAGUUUACAACUUGGCUCAAAGCUUUUGCAAGGGCUUGGUGUCAUGUCCGAUGAUGUAACCUUCUUGAGUCAGCUCGUGCGAACUUCAAUGGAGCUACAAGCACAGGACGUAAUCAACAGAACCGAGGAUCAAGAAUUUGAUGUCAUGACACCACUGCAGGUGAGAGUGACUGACUUGAUUGAGGCCACGAGGAGCAGUGCAUCAGUCUCAAAUAAUGAGCAAUCCCUUAGCUUGGAUCAACCAGAUAUCCCUCGUGUCACAGUCUCCAAAGACAACCAAUCAACUGAUAUUGAGGCAGAGUAUCAAGCUAGACAUGAUGCUCCAGGCCACGACUCUGAGAAUUUAGCAAGUGAUGAUGGUGUUAAAUAUUGUCGCUUGGAUAUUGACAACAGUGUUCUAAAUGGAAAAGAAGAUGCCAGAGGAGAGAGAAAUAUGUCAGGUCAUUCUAUGCCUUGUACAAGUUCAACUGAAAGUACCUAAUUUUCUUUCUGGAUGAUUGUCAGUUCUUCAAAUUGUAGCAAGCACAGAAUGAAAAUUCUUCAGAUAUUGAAGGCUGACAGAUGGAUCUAUAGCCCAUGGCUGCAUUUUCUGGAGUUGAUCGACCACAAAGCUAAAGUUGGUUGCUUCAGAUGAAAUGCUAGAUAACUGACACUGAAGAGAGCCACCUGCAACUUUUUUAACCAUUUAAUUGUGAGAAGGUAGCUCAUAUCGAGCUCCUAAUCCUGAAGGCUACAAUUACAAAAUAAGGAUUAAUAUGGAUGUGACGUGGCAUCUCUAACCACAGAAUCAGAUCAGAUCUGCCAAGUAGCCAUCAUUUAUCAGCAGGGUGUCCUUCUAGCAUUCCAUCCAGCUGAUGAUAGUGUUUUCUUUAUACUCUGACAAGUGAUUUCUGAAGAAUUGUUUGGUGAAAUUAUGCAGACAAUUCACUGAAGAUAUGGUCUCCGUGAUUCUCUGUAUCAACUUGAAGCAAAUUGUCACAAUUUCCACAAAAUCUUGUAAGUUGAUAUAGAUAUUGAAGCAGAUUGUCACAAUUUCCACAAAAUCUUGUAAUUAUUGCUUUAUGCUAUGUUGAAAGAAAAGGCUAGAUUCAGAAAGUGAUCUAGUCUUUCUAUUGCUCACCCCAAAAAAGUAAGGGGUGAUAACUGAUGUUUUCUAUGACAUGUACUGUACCCUCCAUGGAUCAUGCAUGUUUUCAUAUCGCUGUCAGUUGAAAAGCUUGUAGCAGAAACCUGAGGUGAGGAGGAAAAAUGGUAAAUCUGUAGUUGGUUGGGGUCC